CCCCCCCCCCUCCUCUCUCCGCGGCCGCCGCCACGCGAUCCACCCUCGCCGUCGCGCCCCCCAUUUGCACAUCUCCAAGGGCGCAAAGAGGGAAGAGAGGGCGCUGGCGUGGAGGCAUGGGGCUGAAGGGAUUCAUGGAGGGCGGCGGCGCCAGCGUCGUGGCCGGCAGCUGCACGCACCCGCUCGACCUCAUCAAGGUCCGCAUGCAGCUGCACGGCGAGGCGGCCGCUGCCCGGGCGCUUGCGUUCCCUGGCGGCGGCGGCGCGCACCACCACCUGCAGCCGCCGCGUAAGCCCGGGCCGAUCAUCGUGUGCGGGCAGAUCCUCCGCGCGGAGGGCCCCGCGGGGCUGCUAUCCGGCGUGUCGGCGACCAUGCUGCGGCAGUCGGUCUACUCCACGACAUGCAUGGGGCUGUACGACACGCUCAAGAGGAGGUGGGAGCGGGACGGCGGCGCGCCGCUGCCGCUGCACCGGAAGAUCGCGGUGGGCCUCUUCGCUGGUGGCGUCGGCGCGGCCGUGGGGAACCCCGCCGACGUGGCCAUGGUGCGGAUGCAGGCGGACGGGAGGCUCCCGGCGGCGCAGCGGCGGAACUACCGGAGCGUCGCGGACGCCAUCGUCCGGAUGGCGCGCGACGAAGGCGUGUGCAGCCUAUGGCGCGGGUCGCCGCUCACCGUGAAGCGCGCCAUGAUCGUCGCGGCGUCGCAGCUGGCCACGUACGACCAGGCCAAGGAGGCCAUCCUGGCGCGUCGCGGCCCCGGCGCCGACGGCCUCGCCACGCACGUCGCGGCCGGCUUCGCCGCCGGGCUGGUGGCCGCGGCGGCGUCCACCCCUGUCGACGUCGUCAAGACGAGGGUCAUGAACAUGAAGGUGGUGUCCGGCUCGCCGCCGCCGUACUCCGGCGCCCUCGACUGCUUGAUCAAGACCGUGCGGUCGGAGGGUGCGAUGGCGUUGUACAAAGGGUUUGUCCCGACGGUGACGCGGCAGGGACCCUUCACCGUCGUCCUCUUCGUGACUCUCGAGCAGAUUCGGAAGUUGUUCAAGGGCAUCGACUUCUGAGCUCUCUCACUGACCAGGCGACAUGACGAUCGCCAAGAAUGAUGCACAUGCCGUUGGCGAUCGUCAAGAGUGAUGCACUGCCGUUGCUAUGAUUAGGUUAUCAUACCAGCUAAUUUCCAAUUAGGAUUUUCUCCUGCAAGACUCACCCCAACGGUUGCAACAAUCCAAGAUGCACUCGGGUUGUACCGGAUUGACAAACACAAGCUCACAACUUCCUGUGGAAUUUUUGAUGUGGCGCUGUAUUUUAACCAUGUCAGGUGGUGUUUGAGAUAAAUAUGAUGAAUGGAAGUACUAUCUAGUUUUGUGACUGCAA